AUGCCUCUAUCAUUUCUGGAACCUCUCAGCAGACCGCCUUCGCGCGAUCUCGCACCAACGCGACGUCUGUCGCGCGAAGAAACAUAUCAUCUGGCCGACACCGCCCGGAGAAAGUCCUCGGAUAGGCAAGUGCGCGAGGAUCUCCGUCUCAAACUCAGCCAUGACCAUCUCCUCGAACUACUUCUCCAAGAUAUCGCCCGGACGGAGCGAGAGCGCCAGACAUCGCCCACAGACGACAAAUACCUAAUGCCCCAAGAAAGGAAACAGCCCUCAUCGUCAUCGUCAUCAUCCGCAACAUCAGAAUCAGAGGCAGAGGCACAGAGGUCUUCAACCUCGGACCUGGAACUGGUGGACGAGUAUGGGUUCCCGCUAGAUCUGGAGGAUGGGGAGGAAGACCUGGGGGGAUUGACGUUGACGAGGACCAAGUCGCGAAGGCCCGUGAGAUGA